AUGCCUGGUGCCGGUGGUCAACCACCGCAAAGGACCACCUUCCGACCACCCUGGGUCAAGGAUGGUCCGUCGCCUUUACCUAUGCCUAGUGCGCCCUGGGCCCUCAAUUCUAGAAGAGAUUCGAAACCAAAAGUCGAAGAACCGCCUCCAUUUACCCAAGUUACUCUCAAAAGUGUAGCGAAACCAGAAGCGAAAUCCUCGACAGAUGCACAGCCGCGUAAACAAAGCAAGAUCACAAUAAUCCCGUCACAGCCUAAAAGCGAAAAGAAUACGAACAGUCAACCGAUACCGGCGAAGCUCCGCGAGAAUGGACGACAAGAGCCAAAUUCGAGGCCACAGCUCGAACGACAAGUUCGAAUCGAGAGGUCUCGAUCUCGAGGUGAUACGAUACCACUCUCCAAGAGUGAGAACACCACAGGAGCGCCGACAUUAUCGAAAAGCUCAUCGAGAGCAGCGAUUCCGCCACCACCACCUCCAAGACCUCCACCACCACCUCCGAGUAGAACAAUCCUGAAGGAUCUUCCGCCACUAAACAAGAACCAACAAGAAAAGCUCGAAAUGCUGAAACAGAGACCACGGAAACGUCCAGAUUGGGCGAGUAUGAUGAAAGAAGUUGAAAGCGGAAAAAUCUUGAGGCAUGUGAAGUGCAACGAUAGGAGUGCGCCCUUGAUCGAAAGGGUGAACAAGGUUACAGCUGAUCCAGCAGGGAAGGCACACUUUGUGUUCGAAUCUGAAAAAUCGAACAUGCAUAACCAAUUGCUGAAACAAAUUCAGGAAGGUGUAAAAUUAAAGAAAGUGCAAACUAAUGAUCGAUCGAAACCGAUACUAGAAGGUUUGAGAAAAUUCCGAAGACAAUUGACAAUAGAGGAACAAAUGCAAAAGGCUGAAGAACCCACGGAUGAUUCUAUAUCUGAUGACAUGGAUGAUAUUGAUGCAGUAAGAGAUGAUUUGCAAAGUACUAAACAAAUGCUUGCUAUUGAACUUAGAAAUAAGGAAGCUUUGGAAAGAGAAAACAAACGAUUACAAGCAAGAAUUUUAAAUCUCGAAGCUGAAUUCGAGCAUGAAAAAUCCCAGAAAAGUGUGCAAGAACAAAGGAAGUAUGACGAGAAAAUUACAGAAUCAUUAAAAAAAGAAACUCAACAAGCUAGAAAGGAUGCCGAGAAAUUCGAGAGAGAAUAUAUCAAUGUGUCAGAAGAAAGAGAUAAACUCAAAAAUGAAUUGGAAGAAAUGAAAAGGAUGUAUGCUGCUUUAGAAAAACGAAUGAAAGCUGAGCAAGAGCUUGAGCCUGAGCCAAUAAUUGAACUAGCAGAUGAUGGCGACGAAGCAGCUUGGUACAAUGUUUCAGGAAUGGCACUGGCUGGAUGUCCAAGUGCAAAAGAUGUAGCAAAAAUUGCUUCUCAAAAAAGUAUAGAUAAAAAAGAGCCAAGUGAAAGUGACGAAGAAGAAGAAGAAGAAGAAGAAAGCUCAGAAGAAGAUGAUAAAGAUCCAAAAGCAUCGGAGAAACGGUUACAAAGAGAAAUUAAACUUUUAACAACAAAAAUAAGAAAUUUCAAAGAUAAAGCAAUUAAUGCCAGAAAGGAAAGGCAUGCAUUAAAAGAUCAAAUUAAGCAGCAACAAAAGUUAUUAAAAGAAGAAAAAAAGAAAUUUAAACAGCUUCAAAAAGAAGUGGACAAAAUGGCAAAGUUAAUGUCAGAAAGUGAAGAUGAUGAAAAAGACGAUGACGAAGAAGAAGAAGAAGAAACAGAAUCUGAAGAAUCAGAAUCUGAAGAAUCUGAAGAUGAAGAAACUGAAACAGAAGAUGAAGAUCAAUCUUUGGAAGGUCAAAGAAAUAUUUUACAGAAACAAUCUAAAAGGCAUGAAGGACGUUUAGCAGCAUUAAGGAAGGGUAACUAUCUACUUAAAGCUCAAGUUGAUAGAUUAAAAGAUGAUUUAGCAAAACAACGAGAAGAAAGUCUUACUCUUCAAGAAGAUCUUGACUCCGUGUUAGCAGAAUUAGGUUAAGUUCAUGUAAAGAGAUUUAAGAAUUAUUAUGAAUAAUUGUAUACAUACACAUAUAAGUAUUACAUAUGGAAAUAUAGAAAAUUUUAUGUCUGAAAAACCAGACGUAAACUAUAAUACACGCACACUCACCUAAACGCUUUUUGUAGAAAAUCUUACACUUAAACAGAAUUUUUAUUCAAUCAACUGCAGGAUAUAUAGUUAUUGUUUUAUAGUAUCGGCUAGUAAACACGCUAAUUUGUUUCUUUUAGUAUCUAUGGUAAAUAUUUUACAUGAGUAACGAACUAAAACGGAAACAUCAAAACAUAUUUAUCGAUUAAAACAAAAGACAAAAUAUAAAUUUUCUACACAAGCUUCACAUAUUUAUCUAAUAUUUUUUGCAAAAGUGAGAAAUGUUUGUAUAAGAUUAUCAAUAUUGCUUUUUUGCUAUCAUAUUGUUAAAUAUUUUUUAAUAAAGACAAUUAUUACCUAAUGAUACAAUUUCUAAUAGGUUAUUAUAUAAACUAAAAUUAUCAACAUAACACUCACAUGCUUGCAAUUGAAAUUAAUCGACGAACAGAUUUUUCCAGAAUGUACAAGCUUUAUUUUUCAACGACGAUAUCUUAUUUAGAAUACACAAUAACAUAAGUAACUAUGUUUAUUACGUUUUUAAAAAUACUACAACUACCCGUUAAAGUAGUUUGAAAAGAAACGCACAUAUGACGUAUCAUAAAGUCCCUAGUAAUGCUUCUUACAUUGGCGUCGCAAACAUUUUAUUUGCAUAUAGUAUAUUAUAUUAUGAGUAUAUUUUUCGUUGUUAACAAAUAAUAAAAUCUUUGUUUUGUAAUUA